AUGAUUUUACGAGUCAGUCCUGGCACAGCAGAAGCAGGGAGUCCAUCCCCUGAAUCCACCUGCGUCUCUGGGCAAGCACAAGGAUCACCGUAUCGAGCUGAAAUAUCGCGUGCAAUUUUACGACUUCAAGAAAAGACGGUUCUUACCGAGUUGAAGGAAAAGUGGUGGAAGGAUAAGAGAGUAGUAUGCCCGGCGGUGGUUAAGAAAGGUACUGACGAUGGUGGAAGUAUUGGAGGGAUUUUUAUAAUUUUGGUGAUUGGACUUGUUGUAACCAUCAUAUUAGUGGUGUUGGAGGUAAUCUCACGCCCGGAUGUCGUCCCUGACGGGCAGGCACCACGUCCUGGAAUUUGGCAUCAACUACAACACGCGUUGUGCUUCAUCCGUAGCCCUACACAUUCGUUGAAACGAAAAAUCGAUAAACUCAUCGUAUACGAGGAAGGUCGACCUACGUAUCAGUACAAAAACAACUACAUUGGUGAAGGAUCGGAAUCCGAAGCGAGUAAGGUGGAGCCGAUUCCAAGACCGAUCGAUCCAGAAGAAGAAAAAAGAGAGAGUUCGGAGGAGAACGACAGUAGUUGUUCUCCUCUGAGCUCCCAAGAAGAAGACUCCAAAGAAGAGAACUUCAGUCAGCCUUCAUCUACUCAAUGA